ACGUAAAGCUCUGGUUUUGAAUUCUUCCCCGUUAGCUUCCGAUUAGCAUGAAUGUUUUGUGAGGUUUUAAGUAGUUUUGGUGUGUAAGUCAUUAAACUUGUAUGAACAUUUUAAAGCCGCGGAUUAGUUUUGAUGUUUAGGCGUUAUUUUUGAAAUAAAUAUGGACCAAGAUACCCGUAAACUGUUUGAUAAAGUUGCUCAAAAGAUGGGCUGGAUGGAGAUGGGAGGACUGGACGUGGCCGUAGAAAACCUGAAGGGUUCUAUUGGGAAGAGCCGACAUCCUGGGACCAGUGAUACCAGGAUUUGUGGAAGUGAUGCUGAUGCUGACAAGGAAAAUAAACAGUUUAAAAGCAAAGAGAAUGAAAAUAAACAGUUUAAAAGCAAAGAGUACCGAGUAAAGGCUCUGAACGACUCGAGUGAUGAUGAGUUUGAUCAAUUUCUUAAAAAAAUGGCCACACCAAAAACCCAGAGCUCUUCUCGAAAACCUGCACCUGCCUCAAGGAAAGAGAGUGUUGUUGUUGUGAGUUCAGACAGUGAUGGCACAUUUGAGACAUUUCUCACACGGGUAAAGACUCCUAAUGUUAAGCCGAGGAGCGUUAAAGGGAGUGAGAGUGAAGACAGCCUUAAAAACUUCAUAGUGAACGACAGUUUUUCCGAUGAUGACUUUAUCAACACAAAGUCAGCAAGAGUACCAAAGAAGAUCCACACUCCAUCUCAGGCGCUGUUGAGCAGACCCCUUUCCCAGUGUGAGUCUCCUGUGUUUAUCAGUGAUAGUGAUGACGAUGAGGAUAAUAUUGUAAUAAAGAGCACGUGGAAAACUCGCCGUAAGAAGUCCCAGCCGUCUUCAAACGAGAAAACGAGCACGACAUUGCAGGGAGGUGGAGACUAUUCACCGUCUGUGGCAACUAAACCGUCUCCCCUGUCAGUGUUCUCCAGUAAAGUCGUGAACUCUUUGGCGUCUGAAGUUUAUGGUCCUAAGAGAACUCUGUCGGCACCACCCAAACUUGUUGAAUCAUCAGAAUCUGAAGAGGAGUUUACUUCACUUUUAGACAGACUUAAAAAGAAAAAUAAGUUGCUUGGUGGUACCACAUCACCUGCCCCCAGAAAGGAGCUCAAACCUGUUGCAGUCGCCACUCCUGUGAACAGACCCAAGUCAUCAGAAUCUAAACUGGUAAACGAGACGCCGCUCAGUUUUAUCACCCCGACUAAACACACGAUUGUCAAACCGACUGUGAGCCAAACAGAGCCUCGUCUUGGGCCCAGCAGCAGAGUUGCAUUGUGUAAAACUCCCGGCUGCUUUUUGGAAACGCUCUCAAACCCCGGGACCACGUACGGCCGCAAUUUUACACAAAACAAAGAAGAACUCACCAGCAGAUUAUUUAAACUCUAUAAUGCCAGUGUGUUUGAUGGAAAGCUUCCAGCAACUAUGUCUGUUACAUGGAAUAAGAAGAUGCGCAAAACUGCAGGCUACUGUGUCACAGGACAAGAACGAGGAGGUGGAGGCCGCUACGCCCGCAUCGAACUGUCGCAGAAAGUCUGUGACUCUGCAGACCGUUUGCGAGACACUCUGAUCCACGAGAUGUGUCACGCGGCGACGUGGCUGAUAAACGGAGUUCGAGACGGACACGGAACCUUCUGGAAGCUGUACGCCCGCAAGUCCACAGUGGUCCACCCUGAGCUGCCCGUGGUCACCCGCUGCCACAGUUAUGACAUCAAGUACAAGUUCCAGUACCAGUGCACGCGCUGUCAGAACACAAUUGGGCGUCAUUCCAAAUCACUGGACACAGAAAGGUUUGCGUGCGCCCUCUGCACGGGUAAACUGGUGCUGCUUCAACCCUCCGCACCACGGACUCCGACGCCGUUUGCCAACUUUGUCAAAGAGAACUAUGGAGCCGCCCGACAGGAGCUGGUGGGACAGAGCCACGCUGAGGUGAUGCGGAAACUAAGUGCAGACUUUGCCUUGAAAACGAAGCUGAGUCAAAGUUAACGUGAAACUCUCUUGACUUUAAAUAAUGUGAUGAAAUAUAUGUAAACAUGGCAGCUAAUCAAAUGUAUUUAGAUUAUUGAGGUAACUGCCAAAUCUGAGCCAUGUAUGUGAUGAUUAUUGUCGUUGUGUUUUAUGAAAUUCAAACCAUUUCUUUUUGCUGUUAGUCCUGUUCCAGAAUAAAUAUUAUAGUUUUAUUAAAAUGCGUUUCGAUUGUAAACUCGAAAAUCUUUCCAAAGCACAUCAACAAGGAGUGUCUGAACAUUAUAAGGUGAAUAGGACGAGGGCGGAGCUUCAUGUCUCCUCUGGCUCUAACACAAUAAUCACUAUAGUACGUUUUGUUCAAUAUAUGAAAGUUGGAGCAGUAUGUUUUGGCGCUUAGUAUUUCUCCUGUGAACAUUUUCUUUACAAAAAUGGGGAGAUUUUGGCUAUUUUUAUGUGAUACAAUAAGAUCUGAGCUGUAGAAGGUUGAAUAGACGACUUCUGUGACUUCUU